UUUGGGCCUGGAAAGCUGGGAGAGCCGUUGGUCGGUGUUUGUGCGCGAGUUCUCGCGGUGGCGGUUGUCAUGGCAGCGGCUGCGGGGCCUGGAGGAGGCGAAACGGCUUCCGCUGCCGAUGAAGGCGGCGGGGGAGGCGACAGGAGGAGCCCCCCCGGCUCGGACCCAAGGCGCCUGGGGCCGGGGGGGCGAGAGGAAGACGAGGCGCCGCGGCAAGGCAGCGCGGGGGGAGCGGCCGGCCAAAGUCACCAGCCCUCGUCGCCGCCCGCCCGCGAGGCCGAGGUCACCGUGGAGAUCGGAGAAACCUACCUGUGUCGGCGCGGGGACGGGACAUGGCAUUCUGCAGAGGUGAUCCAGUCUCGAAUCAAUGAGCAGGAGGCCAGAGAAGAGUUUUACGUGCACUAUGUUGGAUUCAACCGACGUCUGGAUGAGUGGGUGGAUAAGAAUCGCUUGGCCCUCACCAAGACAGUCAAAGAUGCAGUGCAGAAGAACACUGAUCAAUACAUGAAUGAGCUGUCUGAACAGCCGGAGCGCAAGAUCACACGCAACCAGAAGCGCAAACAUGAUGAAAUCAACCAUGUGCAAAAGACGUACGCUGAGAUGGAUCCCACCACAGCAGCAUUGGAGAAGGAACAUGAAGCAAUUACCAAGGUGAAAUAUGUGGACAAGAUCCAUAUUGGAAACUAUGAGAUUGAUGCUUGGUAUUUCUCGCCAUUCCCAGAGGACUAUGGGAAACAGCCCAAGUUGUGGAUCUGCGAGUACUGCCUCAAAUAUAUGAAGUUUGAGAAGACCUACCGCUACCACCUUGGACAAUGUCAGUGGCGGCAACCACCAGGGAAGGAGAUCUACCGCAAGAACAACAUCUCAGUGUAUGAAGUUGAUGGUAAAGAUCACAAGAUUUAUUGCCAGAAUUUGUGUCUUUUGGCCAAACUGUUCCUGGACCACAAGACCCUCUACUUUGAUGUGGAACCCUUUGUCUUCUACAUCCUCACAGAGGUGGACAGGCAAGGGGCUCACAUUGUUGGCUACUUUUCCAAGGAGAAGGAGUCACCAGAUGGCAACAAUGUGGCUUGCAUCCUCACCUUGCCCCCAUACCAGAGGCGGGGUUAUGGGAAGUUCCUUAUUGCUUUUAGCUAUGAGCUGUCCAAGCUGGAAAGCACAGUGGGUUCCCCAGAGAAGCCCCUCUCAGACCUAGGCAAACUGAGCUACCGUAGCUACUGGUCAUGGGUGCUGCUGGAGAUUCUCCGGGAUUUCCGUGGCACUCUCUCCAUCAAAGAUCUCAGCCAGAUGACAAGCAUCACACAGAAUGACAUCAUCAGUACACUGCAGUCUCUGAACAUGGUCAAAUACUGGAAGGGGCAGCAUGUCAUCUGCGUCACCCCGAAGCUAGUUGAGGAGCACCUCAAAAGCGCCCAAUAUAAGAAGCCUCCCAUCACAGUGGAUUCCCUCUGCCUGAGAUGGGCACCUCCCAAACACAAACAAGCCAAGAUUUCCAAAAAGUGAAGGCAAAAUUGACCUGAGAAGCCGAAGGUUAUGCAUCAGUACACGCCCACCCUUCAUUUUAAGAGAUGCUAUAAGACUAAGCAUUUGUGUUGGUCUUGCAUGGGUCAGACAUGCUCUGAGCAGAUGAGCUGGAGGUUUGGGAAAUGAGCUGUGCUAUCCAGUAUUGCAGCAACUCUGCUCAGGUAUGCACUUCACUAAAGUGAAGACUGCCCACCUACUCUGCUUUCUGCAUCUGCCUGACCUUGAAUGGUAAACAUCUUUCCUCUUGCCAGUCCUGGUGUUUUCCCCUGGUAUGGAUUCAGAAUGUAUGUCCUUCCUCUUGGAGUAGGCAAAGGAACACAGCCCUUUCUUCUACUGUCUCUGUUGGUCUGGAAACAGAAGUCCAUUGCUGAGCUUCUCUAGCAAGAGACCCUAGGUAACUCCCUCCUGCAAGCAAGCAGGUCAUGGCAUAACUGAUAGAGCAAGACACAAAGCAGUAAACAGACACGUAGGGUGGAUGUUUGGGGAACAGUGGGUAGGGUAGUUAGCAAUACCAAAGGGUUGUUAGAGGGAUUACGAGUUCCUGUAUUCAGGAGAAAGGACAGCUUUCACAGAAGCUUAGUAGUCCCAUCAGUCUCCCUCAAAAGGCUGAAAGCCUAGUAGCUUUUUCCCAAGGGUAUAAAGGUCUGCCUCUAGGUGAAGCGGUCAGCACCUUUAUCUCCCUUUGAAGGAUGCAGGAAGUCUGGAUCUAUCAAACAAAUGAUCCACCACACAUGCUUUUGUUUCUGGCAGGAUGGUUUUCUGGAUCCUCCUACACUCAUGCAGCUGUCAGCAGCUUGGAAAAAGAGAUGGGUGGUAUUUGCAUUUUAUUUUGUCCUGUCCUGCAGUCAAAGUUUUAAGGAGAAAACCAGCAAAGAAGGAGAACAUUAAUUAGAACUAUGCUUGAGGGUUUGAGCCCUCAGACUGUGCCAGCACUAAGAGAGUCCUGACUUGGGCUUUUGCUUUCCUGGUUACCCUGGAUUUUUUCAUUUUCAUUUGGAAAGUCUCAAACAGGGUGGUUUUAUAUGCAAAGAUACUGUGGGAGUGGGAACAGGCAAGCAUUGGGGUUUUCUAGGCAGAAGACAGAGCCUCCAAAAUUUAUGCAGUUGAGUAUUGUGGGUUUGUUUCUCCUGACAAACUUGCACUUCAGCUGUAUGAACUGCAUAAAUUCACGAUAAAAUGUGAAGGGACUUUUAAAGAAGACACCAAAUUCUCUUGGACAGAGAGCAUGUGGAAAUGGUAUGGCUAAAGAGGGAGGCUGCUGAAGUUCUUCACGGAAGCGUCCACACCUUGGUUUAACACUGGGGUUAGUGCUGAUGGAACAUAGUGGAUCUAGAUUGAAAAUGCAAGAAGACGCAACCAUUCGUAUGGGGUCUUGCUGCCACUAUUAGACUCAUACAUGAUGUGAGUAGUGUGUUUUCUCUUACUUUGAGAAGUAUUUUAAUUAAUAAAACCAUAAAAGCA